AUGAGAACUGAAUGCCGGGCGCGCGGUCAAAAACAACGGAUUGCUAUCGCUAGAGCUCUGGUUCGCGAUCCUGUGGUCCUGCUACUCGACGAGGCAACAUCCGCUCUCGAUUCAGAGAGUGAACAUUUGGUGCAAGAAGCGAUCUCGAAGAACCUCAAAGGCAGGACAGUAGUUCUCAUCGCCCAUCGCCUGAGCACUGUCGAAAAUGCAGAUAAAAUCGUCGUUAUCAAUCAUGGUAAAGUUGAACAGAUGGGAACUCAUCAAGAGCUUAUCAAUCAGGAAGGCAUGUACAAGUUACUUGUGCAGCGACAGAUGAUGGGGGGCGAUAUGGACGAAGAACCUGCGGCUCCGCCGCCAGUAGCACCAAGAACUCGCCGUAUUUCUCGAGCCUCGCCUGGUCACAGCGUUUCGCAGUCGUUCCUUGGCACUUCGCUUUCCACCAAUUAUUUAUAG